AUACUCAGUCGGUAACACGUUAUCAGGUGAACGACACCUGUGGAUAUUUGAAUUAAAAUAUUAUUAUCAUUAAAACUUUAUUAGCAUUUAAUUGAACAGUAUUUUCCAACAAGAUGUCUGUGUUUAUCACCGGUAUCAUCGGUUUUGUGGUUAUUUUAAUAAUUUACAGUUUUAAAAAGGAUCCCAAACCGAUAUUUGGAGUAUAUUCAGUGCCCGGGAAAUGGUAUUACCUGAAGUAUGCAGUGUUCGCGUGUUUGUACUUUUAUAACAAGUACAACAAGAAGAGGAAGGAGGGCGAGCGGGCGGCCGGUCCGGGGCUGGCGGUGGGAGCGGCACCCGAGCACUUGGACCGGGCGCAGUCGCUGUCCGAGUCUAGCAAGGCUUUCGAUGCGAUAUUCUUCAUAUCUGCGGGCAAAGGUGAGGAGGACAAGGGCAUCUACGUGAUCGCGGGCUGCGAGCGCCGCCCCAUGGGCAUGUGCAAUGGACUCUUCUACAUCGGCUUACCAGGUAAAGGCCUUCUAUGCAGCAAGAAGAUUCCUGACACGGUGUUGUUCGGAGCAGUAGUGGGAGAGUUCGGUGCUGAGGGUCUCAAGAUGACGCCGGUUGAGCCCAUGAAGAAGUGGACCCUGCAGUACAAGGGACCUAUGUGGUAUCAGAACGACCCCUCAAAGACUGUCGAGGUAGACUUCCAGGGCGAGUGGACGGCCACGACUCGGCACUUCGACUUCGACACCGAGCUGCACGCGCCCGCCGUCAUACGAUCCAUCGCCCGGGAGAAGUGGAGCCGGGAAUACUUUGAGGGGCUGAAGACAGCUCACCAGUCGCACUACGAACAGUUUGGCACUCUGAACUGCAAGUUCAAGCUGGGUGAGGAGGCUUUCCAGUUCAAACUGCGCUCCUUCAGGGAUCACAGCUUUGGCGACAAGCGCGACUGGUCGCUGAUGCACCGCUACGCGUUCCACCACAUGUUCCUCGACGACGGCUCCAGCGUCAGUGUGGGCGUCAUCAGCCAGCCCUGCACCGCCUCUGUCUUCGAGGCGGGUGAAGUAGCCCUGCCCAACGGCACGGUCCUGCCCAUCAAGUGGGUGGACCUGCAGCUGUACCAGCACGGGGAGGGGGGCGAGGCGCCGCGCGACUACGCCUUCCGCUUCCAGGCUGGCGACCACGUGUAUACUGCACAGGUGCAAGUAGAAUACCAGUCCAUCCACUUCGUCUCCUCGGAAUGGGAGGCUCGCAUGGUGGAGCGCUUCUGCAAGUUCACGGUAGAUGGCGUGCCGGGGCGAGGCGUGUCAGAGUUCCACUACCGCCACCGCGGCGGCCGACCUGAACAGAAGACUGACCCGGAGUGGUAUAGGAAGAUGUGCCAUCAACUGUAAAAAUUGUUGUAUAGGAAUGGAAGCA